AUGUCAUCACCAAGCGACGAUCCAAAUGAUAUUUUUGCAUUCAUCGGAAAAAAACUGUAUUUGACCACUGAACUGGCCGAUGUGCACUUUGUAUUCAAGCCCAAAAACGAGCCGAUUGUUCGAGUUCCAGCGCACAAAACUUUGUUGGCCGCUGCCAGCAAUGUAUUUGCCACAAUGUUCAACGGGUCGUGGAAGGAGAAGAAUGAGGUGCAAAUUGGGGACGUGUCAAUCACAGUUUUCAAGGAAUUUCUCCAAUUUUUCUACUUGGAUCGUGUGCAAUUGACAAAGGAAAAUGUGAGCAAAGUCAUGAAUCUUGGAAAUAUGUACGACAUGGGCACAUGUAUGACGGUGUGUGAGAAAUUUAUGAAAAGAUACCUCAACGAAGACAACGUUUGUGAAUACUACGGUUUGGGUAUUCUACUCGAUCGACCAGGCCUCAAGAGCACGUGUGAAGACAUAAUCGGCGCCGAAACAAAGGCAGUAUUGAAGUCAGCCAGCUUCCAAACAUGUGACAAGAAAACAAUGGAUGCCAUUUUGAAACUCGAUUGGCUAUCGUGCUCUGAAAUCGAACUAUUCGAAGCCGUUAUGUCGUGGGUUAAAACAGCCAGCAAAACUGAAGAUUUGACAAAGAGCAUUGUACAAUCGUAUCUCGGCGAAUCUUUUCACGAAUUUCGAUUUGGAACGAUUACAUUCAACGAAUUUGUCAGUCUUAUUCCAUCGUAUGGUAAAACAUUUUCAUUCGAUGAACAACAGGAGAUCAUUCAGAUGAUUCCGGACAAAAAUUUCCAAUCAAAGAUGUUUAAUGGAAAGCGAGAAAAGCGUUGUGAGAUGGUUCCGUGGAAAGACAAGGUUAACGUUGAAUGCAAUCGAUACCUCUCAUUGUAUUUAGCUGUCGUACCAUAUUUCAUCAAAAACUUGGAAACAACCACAUUCUCGAUCAAUGAAGCGGCUUUUCUAAAUGGAUUCACAUGCCCCAGUUUACACGAACAUGAUAAUGGCAAAUAUUAUUAUUUAGAAGAGAAGCUAUUGGUGGAAAUUACGAUCGUUACUACAAUGUCAAAUCUAGCGAAUGCAUCCAGCGACGAAGAGAUCAUUUUGUUCAAAGGAAAUGCAUAUGUAGAUUCAAAAAAAGGGAAAGUACCGUUGCUUAAUCCAAUUCUUAUUAAACCAUCAUGCAUGUACGAAAUUCGCUUGAAGCUAAAUCCACCAAAAAAUUUUGCAAGUGGCGUUUUGAUGAAGUCUGAAGUUCAAAUGGACUCCGAUUUCAAAGUGCAAUUUCAUCAUGAUUCAUUCUUGGAGCGAGAUCGAAACGUGAGCAGAGGUUUGAUCUGUAAAUUGGACUUCUACCGAAUUUGA